ACUCCCAAACCAACUGAAAAACCGUAACAGAAAUGGCGAUGACUCUGCACUCCCCGCCUUGCUUCGCCGGCGAACUCCAUCAUCGUCUCCGCCUCUCUCCCGCCGCCGCGAGAAGAAGCUUCGCCGUCAAAUGUCAAAGCCCGUCGAGCGACGAGAACUCGACCGCCGGGACCGACGAGCCGUCCCCCACCGCAGCCCCGCCCCAGAAGUCCGCGUCGCCGAGGCUGGGAUUCGGCUCGAGCCCUUCGUCUUCGAGCAAACCGAGCUCCGCCGCGGUUGCUGGCAAGAAAAAACUGAGAGGGAAGAGAGAGAGAGCGUCGAUCAUCAGGCGGACGCCGGUCGAAAAGCCUUCGUUCGUUUCGAAGGAGGACGAGGGAAAAGCGGAGGAGCAGAGGAGGAACGAGAGUGCGUUCCUUCUUGCUUGGUUAGUUCUUGGUGGAAUCAUCCUCGUCGAGGGCAUUGCUCUCGCGGCUUCGGGCUUCUUGCCAGAUGAGUGGGAUAAAUUUUUCGUGAAGUAUCUGUAUCCAUCUUUCACCCCGACGGUUGGCCUGUUUGUUGCUGGAACUGUUGUAUAUGGCGUUUCUAAGUACCUACAGAAUGAAAAUCUUGAUUCCAAAGAAUGAGUUCCAAUUGAUACUUCCAGGUUGUACAAACGACUGACGGUAGAUAGUUAUGACUAUGCAUCACCUUAUUUUAUUUGGAAUUCCUCCCUCUAAAAUGUUGGAUACGAGUCUUGUGAGCAAAGAUAGUUUUUGGGCAACGCGAUAGCAAUUUCAUUCGGUGGAUACUGUACUGCAUAAAGUGAUUUUGAUCA